UCACACUCAACUCAAUGUGUAUGGUUGUGAGAACGUAAGAAAUUGCCUUGCUAAAUACAUUUCGUGUGUACUCGUUAAGUUUCACAAGUCUCCAUUUGUGUUGAUGGUUAGCUCAGCACCUUUUGGCCAGCCAUCAUGUACAUGUUCGUCAGUGUCCGUCUUUCUACCAUCGUACUGUUCCUCCAUAUUCUGUUGUCAUGGUUGCAUGGCUACAUCUGUGAAACUCACAUACUCUUGCAGACAGUAACAGGGUCUGUCCCAUCGGGGAAUUUCACCUACUACAAACUCAGUCGCAAUGGGAACAUUCGCUUCAGUCUAAGGACCCUGGAAGGCGAUGCUGAUGUGUACGUGUCGUCAACCACGAUGCAUCCAACGUAUGAUGACUAUGAUAUGAAGGCGGCAACAUUCGGAGAAGAAAUCAUUGACAUCUGCCAGUCAAUAGAACGUCCCGUGGGGAUAGGGGUUUAUGGACAUCCGCUUUAUCCGAAUGUUACUUUAUACGAGUUUGACAUUUUACUGGAUCAGACGUUGGAGGAGGUUGAUCCAUGGAGAAUGGAAAGUGAGCAAGAUCCGUCGGUAGGGAAGCUUUAUCCGAUGGAUGAAGAGCCGGAAAAAGAAUCUUUAUUGUGGAGUCUGUUUAUUGGGAUCUUAAAGGUUGCAUUGGAUAUCAUGAUCUGAUCCAAGCAUCUCCCCCACUAACUCUUUCCCUUUUAUAAUGCAUAGGCAAACCAUGAAUUGUUGUUGACAUGAGACGACAAAAACACCAUAAGAAAGUUGUUUGGUCCACUCACUGACUGCCAAUGGAUCCUAUUCUUUGACGUAAUCCUGUCACCAUCAGAGGUAAAAAUGAUUAGGUGGAAUCGCACAGUUUUGUAAACGCCCCUCACAAGAUGCGCCAAUAAGCAACCUCUUUUUGAAUUCAACGCAAGGGCGGCCAACUCAAAUGACAUCAAGUGCAUUAAGGUCGAUUAGACAAAAAAAGUAGGCGAACAAGCUGUUAACACAAAUAUCAAAUUAUUGACUUCCAUAUAGAGAUUAGAAGACAAAAACAAAGAUGCAACUCUGUUGUGAUGAGAAUUGUUUUAGAAUUGAAGCUGUGCAUUAAGAAAGUCUAAAUACUUGAAGAUCGGACUAGGAUCCAUCUAAGAUAAAGGGACACGUUGCCUUUUGGAUUUGGCACAUUGUUUUGAAAUCAGUAUGGUUGGAAAGAUGUUUUACGUGUAAUACUAGAAUGUAAUGAUUCACUCACAAUCCCUUGUGUGGUUUUCCUUUUACUUUAUGAUCGAACGUCUUCCGCUAUUUUGUGGAGUUUAACAUUUUGGGACAAAAUGGGGGACCCUGUUAAGGUCGCAAAGUAAAAGAAAGCCUGACAAUUUCGAGGGAAACUUGUGUAAAUUAAUGUAUUCUACUUUUGAAAGAUGAUAAGAUCUCCAACAGAUUAAUCAUUAUGACAAAUGCUGUUUUAAGAGACAAUCUAGAGACUGAAAUCAUGCGCCUGAAUGAGCAUUGAGUACUCAAAUCUUAGCAUUGUGUUUUUUCCCCACCAAGUUCAUACAAACCUGGUGUGCAUUAAGGAAAGAUCAUAUAUUUCUACAUAUAGUCUACUGGUUGGCAAAUCUUUACAAAUGACCUAGAAUUCAAAAUGUGAAUCCAAGAAUUUAGCCCUAAAGAUUUUUUGGCUUCUGCAUCACUUCCACCCAGUCAUCAGCAGAGUAUAACGAAACAUUUGUUUGACUGCUUGUUAUAAAUAGAUUUGUCUCCCACCAAAUUGACAGUUAAAUUCCUGUAAAAAUUCGCAUUUAAUUAAUCUUAUAAAGUUGGGGAGGUAGUGCUUUCUGCUCUACCAGCCAGACUUCUGACGUAUGAUAUCCAAGCCUACAUCCGUAUGAACUGUAAAGGGGGUAACCCUGUUUCAGUCCCAGGAAGAAUUAAUUCAAUGAAACAACUUUAUUUGAUGGCACUAUGGAUACUAUUUGUAAUUGUCAAAGACCAGUCUUCUCACUUAGUGUAUCUCAACAUAAUGCAGCAUAAAGUAACAAACCU